GAGCGACAGGUCUCGGGCCCUCAGGCGGAGAGCGGCGGGCGCCGGACCCCCAGGUGGAGCGACAGGUCUCGGGCCCCCUCAGGCGGAGCGACAGGUCAGGUCUCGGGCCCCCAGGCGGGGCGGCGGGCGCCGGACCCCCAGGCGGAGGACAGGUCUCGGGCCCCCAGGCGCAAGCGAUCGCUGGGCAGCGGGCAUCAGGUCUCACCAGGCCCAGGCGAAGGCGGGCACCGGUCACCAGGCACGACAGUGGGCUCCGAGUCAACUGGCAUGACCGCGGGCACUGGGUCAGACAUUGGAUCGUCUGACUGGACAGCGGGCAUCGGGUCACCAGGCAUCAGGUCAUUUGGCUCGACAGCGAGCACCGCGUCAUCUGGCAAGGCAGUGGUCUCCGAGUCAACUGGCAUGACCGCGGGCACUGGGGCAGACAUUGAAUCGUCUGGCUGGACAGCGGGCAUCGGGUGGCUCGACAGCGGGCACCGGGUCAUUUGGCUUGCCAGCGGGCACCGCGUCGUCUGGCAAGGCAGUGGGCACCGGGUCACCAGGCAUUGGAUCGUCUGGCUCGACAGCGGGCAU